AUGAUCUUGCAGCCGCCCAUGACCAUGGACGACUCGUUUCAACUUUUCGACCUUCGGGUCGAAGUCAUCUGUCCUCCGGGAGCACGUAUCAUGUGCGGCGCGAAGGAGGGUGAUUAUUUCACUCUAGAAGGAGAAAUGUUGCGAUUACCUCAGGGAGUUGGAUUCUCUAUCUAUUCUUUAGGUGCAAUACUUCCCUUGCUAGCCGCAAAACAGAGAAUGACACAUCCGAAUGAUUGGAUGUCAACCGAUGCAAUCGUUGCUUGCCCUGACCCAAACUGCAAGUCCCAACUUCGAAUCGUUCGAACAGGGCUUCGAACAUUCAGACAUUCGGAGACUACUGUGGUUCCGACGACAGCAGAUUGACACUGGGAACGGGGUUGGACGGGUUUGAAAAAUGUCUUGUGUGCAGCAGGGCCAUAAUAUAGCACACGAGGUUUUAAAUUGUCAAUGUCAAUGUCAACCGCCAGCCUCAAUCGGA